AUGGAGAAGGCAGAUGAUGAAUUGUUUAAUCGUACGGAAAACAAAAGGUUAAACGGCGAUGGAGAAACUCAAUCUAAAGCGAGAGUUGGUCAUCAUGAACAAGAUUUCAUGGAAGAGGAAUUUGACGGGGAUUUCUGGAUCAAGGUCAAUAAAAAGCAGAUUAAAGGAGUGUCAUGGAACAGAGCAAUGGAUGAAGUUACUGUUGAAAAACUGAUUCAUACGUUCAAAGAGAAUGGGGAAUUGGACUCUGAAGAUCCAGCACUCUUGAUGUUAAAAAAAUGGCCAGCAUCUCAGCAAUACCAAGAGAAUCCUGACAAACUUCCAGGGCUUGAAAAGCUGGUAAAUCGAUUGUUGGAAAUUCUGUUGGAAAGUGCACUGAACUCAGAUAACAGAUAUGAGAUGUUCAGGGACAAGGAUGAUAAAGCAGGAAAGACAUUGCUGCACUAUGCUGCAGAACUUGGAUUUUUGUGUGUUACUAGAACACUGGUCAAUAAAUUACCAUGGCUUUUGACAGUGGAGACAAAAGCACCGAAGAAAAAGCGAGCGCUGUUACCAGUUGACAUAGCAUUAAUAACAGAGAAUGACGAAGUGGCAGCAUAUUUGAUAAGAAUGAUGUGGCCUGACAGAGCCCUGAGACUCUUUUCAUGGAAUCCAGGUAAUAAGACAAACCCUCAGCCGUUCUUUGUCAGUCUCAAAUCCAUUAUUGAGAAUCCAAACAUGAAGAAAACAGUGGUGGCUGUGUUAGAUCAGAUGGUGAUCCCGCACUGGCCGCAUCUUCCAAAACGUAAAGAAAGGUAUGAGAGUGAAGAAGAGAAAGAGGCAAUUGAGGGGGCCUGGAGUACAAUAACUGAAAAUCCUUUGAAUUAUCAGUUUUGUUAUCAUGUACUGGAUGCUGAUGAGGGAGGACGACCUCCAAAGAUCAAUAUGUCAGCAGGGGAACAACCAGCAUAUAAUGAGUAUUUUAACUGGAGAGACAAGUCUUGUUUACAUGUGAUUGCAAAAAGCUAUAACAUGGCGCAGUGCUAA